AUGAUAGCUCUGCUACAGCAAAUACCGGAUGUUAGCCCUACGGGACGAUAUACGACAGCUGUGCCUUUUAUAUUGAUUCUUACUGUUUCUGCCAUUAAGGAGAUAUUUGAAGACGUUGUUAGUUUUCAUCUAUCGAUACAUACAUCUUUGAAAAGGCGGCGGUCCGACCAUCAAGUAAACUCUUUUCCAACUUUAAUCUUGAAGGAUGGCAGCUGGCAGCAUGAAGAAUGGAGAGCGGUUGCCGUUGGUGAUAUUGUAAGAAUAGACAAUGAUCAAUUAUUCCCCGCUGAUCUCCUUUUAUUAUCCUCGAGCGAACCUCAAGGCAUGUGCUAUAUCGAGACCUCCAAUUUAGACGGUGAAACGAAUUUGAAAAUCAAACAGGCCUUACCAGUUACGGCAUCGAUAACUACUUUGGAAGGUGCUAUUGACUUUGAAGCUGAGAUAGAAUGCGAACUACCGAGUCGACAUGUGAAUGAGUUUAGUGGAAAUUUGAUCGUCCAAGGAGAACAUAAUCCUUUUGGUGAGAGUUUUGUAAGAAAACUGUUUUUAUUUUUAUCCAAAAGUCCCCUUUCAUUUUUCAUGGAGAAAUCGUUUUUUAUACGAAUCAUAAAGGAAAUGGUCUCUGCAAACUCAUUAUUCUUUGUUACUUGACG